UGUUGUCCAAAGCAUUUUGACACACACUCGAAAUAGUGGAACCGUAACACAAACAGAAGCGGUCAGUGGACACAGGUAUUGCGUGCCUAGAGAUAUCCAGCUUCAAGCAGCUUUCCUCCAGGUGGUAAAGCUUCGACGUGGAGCGGAAUGAUGUUUCUGGUGACGAAGUUUUGCUGCUUUUCAAUCGUCGUGACUGCUGUGUGCGGUCGAUAUGUGACGUCGACCGAUGCCGAACCGCAGCAAACCUUCCGCAUCACGCCGAACGACAUCGAGGCGAACCAGGGGGACGAGGUGGUGUUGCGCUGCGAGAUCGAGCACCUGGCCGGGCGGGUCCAGUGGACCAAGGACGGGUUUGCGCUUGGCUUCAGUAAUGAAAUCGUCGGCUAUCCGAGGUUCUCCCUCAACCAGAACCACAGCGACGGUGUCUACAAUCUGCGGAUCACCAACACGUCCUACGACGAUGCGGCCCUCUACCAGUGUCAGGUUGGGCCAGCCAAACACAACCAUCCAAUUAGAGCGCAGGCGAAGCUGACCGUCCUCGCUACACCAAAAGACUUGCACGCUAAAUACAGUCGAGCGUAAAGAGCUUUUUGUGAGAAAUAAACACUUUGCUGAAUGCUACUACUACGUUCAAUUACACUUAAUAGUAACUUAAACACGUCCUGCACUUAUAUUAGUGUUUACUUUUAGCACAUGAGAGGUAGAAAAUGAACAAUGAAACGAAUGAUCAUUUUUCCGCAUUAAUGAAACAUAAAGUG